UUAAACCGGAAGUCGGUCGGUCCGACCGCUAUUGUCGUCCGGCUUCAACGAUCACAUGAGUGAACUGACCUUAUGAUCUCCGGGAAAGGGGGCCGGAACUCGUGUAUUUCUGACAUUGACAGCUGUGCUGUAUGUUUAAAAGCCCAAUUAUAAUGCCUGGUUCUCUCCCCGCGAGCUAUUUGGCCACUUGGCCUAAAGAUGUCGGCAUCAUCGCUAUGGAGGUGUACAUUCCCUCCCUGUACGUAGACCAGGCUGAACUGGAGGAGUUUGAUGGCGUAGGAGCGGGGAAGUACACCAUUGGGCUCGGGCAAGCACGAAUGGGCUUCUGCUCGGACCGGGAGGACAUUAACUCACUGUGCCUGACCGUGGUGCAGCGACUUAUGGAGAGAAACUGCUUAACGUACGACAGCGUGGGAAGACUCGAGGUGGGCACAGAGACCAUCAUCGACAAGUCAAAGUCGGUGAAGACGGUUUUAAUGCAGUUGUUUGAAGAAUCGGGAAACACAGAUGUGGAAGGGAUCGACACUACGAAUGCGUGCUACGGGGGCACCGCUGCUCUUUUCAAUGCUGUGAACUGGGUGGAGUCCAGCUCUUGGGACGGUCGCUACGCUCUGGUUGUGGCUGGAGAUAUCGCGGUGUACGCCACAGGAAGCGCUAGGCCUACAGGGGGCGCUGGAGCAGUGGCUAUGCUGGUAGGACCGAACGCACCUCUGGCAUUUGAUAGAGGUCUACGAGGGACCCACAUGCAGCAUGCUUAUGAUUUUUAUAAACCCGAUAUGGUGUCCGAGUAUCCUGUAGUGGAUGGCAAGCUCUCAAUCCAGUGCUACCUCAGUGCAUUGGACAAAUGCUACUCUGUCUACCGCAAUAAAAUCCAAACCCAAUGGCAAAGAGAGGGUCUUGAAAGAAGUUUCAGCCUGAAUGACUUCGGCUACAUGGUCUUCCACUCUCCCUAUUGUAAACUGGUUCAGAAGUCUCUGGCUCGACUCCUGCUGAAUGACUUUCUUUCCCAUCCCAACCCUAACAUGGAAACUGGGCCAUUCAGUGGCCUGGAGGCCUUCAGGGAUGUGAAGGCCGAGGACACAUAUUUUGACCGUGACGUGGAAAAAGCCUUCAUGAAAGCAAGCGCGGAGAUGUUUGAGCAGAAAACCAAGGCUUCCCUACUCAUAUCCAACCAGAAUGGCAACAUGUACACACCGUCUGUGUACGGCUGUCUGGCUUCCAUUCUAGCACAAUUUACACCUCAGGAGCUGGCAGGUCAGAGAGUUGGCUUGUUCUCUUAUGGAUCAGGCUUCGCUGCCACGCUCUACUCAAUCAGAGUGACACAAGAUGCUACACCUGGCUCUACUCUAGAUAAACUGGUUUCCAGUCUGUCAGAUAUACCGGCUCGACUGGACUCUAGGAAGAAGGUUCCACCUGCUGUCUUUGCAGAAAACAUGAAGCUGAGACAGGAGACCCAUCACUUAGCAAACUACAUCCCUCAGGGUUCAGUGGACGAGCUGUUCCCCGGAACAUGGUAUCUAACGCGCGUGGACGAGAAACACCGAAGGUAUUAUGCCAGACGUUCCCUGGAUGAACCCGGACCUCUAGACGCAGGACUUCGAAAUUCUGUGACCUCUUCCGAGCACAUCCCCAGCCCUGUGAAGAAGAUGCCACGCAUCCCAGCCACCACUGCUGCCCCUGAAACAGUCUCCAUUACUAAUGGAGAGCAUUGACGUUAACUUCGUCUCGGGUGACAAUAAGGACACGUGAUCUGGACGAAAAAAAAAAAGAAAAGCGGUCAAGCUUUCUGUAUUGGUCUCGAGACAUUUAUAAACAAGACUAGAAUUUUUUUUAAUUGUUCCUGGUUAGAAAUGUUUAUUGUCACAAAUCUAAUUGUAGACAUCGGUUGAAUAAGAGAUCAGGAAAACGUGGGUUGUACCGACUGAAAGUUGAAUAUCAGCAUGUUUUUUCUCAGAGUGAUGAGCACAAUAUGGAAAACUGUACACGACUGCUGCUCAGAGCCCAUAUGAUCUAUGCACGGACGAAAAGGGGAAAAAACUCAUCCUCUGUCUGAUUUCACAUCAGGUUCCUUUUUCAGUUCUUAGGUUUGUGUCGAAUUAGAAAAAACUAAACGUUUGAGGGGAAGAUCGUGAGAACCUCAGGCCCGGCAGAUUAAAAGUGGGAUUAAAAGGGACCAAGAGCUUUUAUUUUUCCGCAUGCGUUUUUUUUUCCAAUGCUGCUGCCACACUUAGGACACCUUUUCACUUACCGUUCGUUUCGUGCUUUUAAUAAUACUUUUUACUCGUCAUUAAGAGUCCACAGCAGAGCCGAUUCAAAAAUUCUCCCCGGUUUUCUUUGCAGCUGCAGUCUAGACAUCUCCCUUAUUGAAUGGCUGCUACUGGCAUGAGAGACUACUUCCUUUCUCUCUGGAUAGCUGAACGUGCAUGGAAAAGCACACUAACCCAACGCCAGUGUAUAUGGAAAAUGUGACUCACCCUUCGUAUCUAACUGAACUAUUUGA